AUGGAGAGACUUGUUCUGGCCCAUCUCAGACCCCAGGUGACCACCUCCCUGGACCCACUGCAGUUUGCCUACCGCCAUGAGGUUGGUGUUGAGGACGCCAUCAUCUACUUGCUACAGCGAGCACACUCGCAUUUGAAUCUAGCUGGCAGCUCUAUUUCCAGUACAACUCUGAGUCCUGUCAUCUACAAAAGUUCUCAGAUAACUCAGCAGUGGUGGGGUGUAUCAGGGGUGGAGAUGAGACAUGACUUUAAUGGGAGUUUUAUCCAAGAUCCAGUGCCUUUUGCUGCAGACUUUCUUUUUGCAGGACAUGAACCUUGCACUAUCGUCCUAAUAGUCAUGUACUUGGUAUCCUUUGUAACAGGUUUUGUGGGCAACAUCAUGGCACUGUUGGUCCUCACUCGAGGAAGGAACAGACUAACUGGUGUCUCGACAACCAGAAAGCUGCUUAUAAACCUGGCUGGGUGUGACAUGAUGGUGGUGUGUGUGUGCAUGCCCGUAAACCUGGGUCACCAGGUCUACAGUGUCUGGGUGUUCGGGGACCUGUUGUGUCGUGCCGUGCCGUUUAUUCAGGCCGUGUCCGUGUCCGCGAGUGUCUUGAGCCUGGCUGUUAUAAGCUUGAACAGAUACUACAGCGUUCACAACCCACUACGGGUUCGGUCUGUCUUUACAGGGAGGAAAAUAGGAGCUAUGAUCGUGGCUGUGUGGAUAGUUUCAUCUGGUCUGUGCUUGCCAUUGGUCUUCAUGAAUGAAACCAAGUCUAUUUCACUUACACUGGAUGGAUCACACUCAAUUACAGUUUGUGUUGAGGCCUGGUCUAAAGCACGGCUGCGGCAGGGCUAUAAUUUUUUACUUUUCUGUGCUUUGUAUGGCUUCCCUGUCCUUUUUAAUCUCAUCAUAUGUUUUCUGACCUGCCUUAAACUUUGGAGUGCCAAUGACCAGUUCACAGAAGCUGGAACAUGGGCCUCAACCCGGUCAGUUACACGAAUGAAGACACGUAAAAAAAUUGCAAAAAUGGUGCUUGUCUUAGUGGUCCUUUUUACACUCUCCUGGCUGCCACUGUAUGUGGUGGAUAUCUGGAUUGACUUCAACAUGCCAGGCUCACUGGAUAAAGAAGUUCUGGCUCACGUCGAGCAUGGAUGGGUGUUGCAGAGUCGCCCUUUUGCUCAGUGGCUUGGCCUCACCAACUCUGCUCUAAACCCACUGUGCUACUGCUUUGUUGGUGACCUGUACAGGUCAGCCAAAAGGUUUAGGCAGAGCUACCGAGAGAAGAUGGCCUCUGUUUUCAACACGUCUCAAAAAGCAUCUUCCUCAGACUAUUCUUCUGUCAAACUUCAUUCCUGCACAUCAUCUACAAAGUCCUGCAGAAACAAUGAAAGCUGGAGGAGUUCGAAUGUUUUCAGAGACAGAUUAAACAAAAGCAAAAGCAUGUCUGCUCUCACUGUGUGUGAGACUGUGUUUGGUUGA